GUCAAAGUGGUGCUGCGAGUCUGCCCCUCUUCCUCCGUACCCCCUUCCCAGCCCCAGCCACCCAUUCUCAGAGUGGACACAGCUAAAAAAAGGGUCAACAUGAUGGACCCAGCUACCAACCACAAUCAACAGCUACACUCAAACUCUACACCGACACACGCUGGGGCAGCCAUGGGUCCCUCUAAGACAUAUGUCUUUGACGCAGCCUACCCCUCAGAGUCAACCCAGGUCCGUGGAUACAGCACAGUACAGUUGGUUUGUUAUCUCUGUCUGCUGACCUGAAAACUGAAGGGACAUUAAAUGCAGUUUCCAGAUAGCCAUCGCUAUGUCGUAGACUCUCAGCCUCUUCCCUUUCCUAGCAUUGUGGGUUAGUUUUGUUUGAUGGAUCGGACACAUUAAGCCAGAGCAUUUUAUUAAUUCAUUCUUCUCAACUUUUGUUUUAUUUGUGUUUUUAACAGCAGGUUAAAUGCUAAGGUGGAUGGAUGGAUUCACCCUCCUUUUCUCAUUUUUUCACCCUCCUUUUUGUCUCUACCAGGCGGAGGUGUGUGUAGGUAUUCUGCCUGACGUCAUCUGUUCUGUGGUCAACGGGGCAGACGGCUGCAUUCUGUGUUUUGGACAUGGUGAAGUGGGUAAGUAAUGACUGUAUGUGGCCAGGAUGACCAACCCUCAUAUGGAGGGUGGUAUUACCACAACCCCUUUUACAUAAGGAACAGAUCCAUCUCUUUCAUACAUCCCUUCCAUCCAUCUAUUUCCUAUGCGGUGGCAUGGGAGGUGCUUCAUCCAUCUCCCUUAUCCCUCACUUCCCUUUGGGAGCAGUGGUGACAUGGAGGUGUUCCCAUCCAUUCUCUCUUCCUUCAUUUAUCCCUUCUUCCAUUUCGUUCAUCUUCCACCUCUUCAACAAGUAAAAGUGGGAGAUUCAGCCAUAAUGAAUCCCAAGUGUUUUCCAGCUUCUUCCACCAAUGUUUCGCACGUGAAACAUGUCAACACGACGAGGCGAGACCAAAAAUAUUUUGUCAAGCAGGAGGAGGCUUUUAAUAGACGAUUGUCAGUGUUACACAAAUAAAUAAACCCCCUCUCUUUCUACUACACAUGACGUCACUGGCCAUAAAUCAGAUUGAAUUAGUCAGGUGGUGUAGAUGGCGGCCGGUCGGCUGCCAGGGGAUAUAAUUCUCUCUCCCUCCGCAGAAUGAACCUCUGCAAUGAAUAAUGGACAAAAUCAAUUCUCAAUUCGUCUGGAACCUAGCCGAACUCUGCUAGCCGAACCUAACGAGUGUGCUCGCAUACUCCCUUAAAAGAACUUCGCUUGAAAAAUGAGAAAAAAGCGUCAAUAGUACUGUUUUUCCAUUUUGAGACGCCAAAGACAGUAUAGACUUCCUCAAAAUAGUCAGAAUUAAUCUAAGAUAACUCAAGAAAUAUGUUUUUGCCAAAGAGAUCUUAGUCACGCAAUUUUACAUCUGACUACAUAAGAUGUUUGGUGCACUAUUUUUCUAUGAAAAAAAUUGCAUGAAAACAAGUCGUCUCUCGUGCAUGACAACAAAAAAAUUAUUGAAGAAUCCCUACUGUUGACCAAUCACCGACGAAGGGGCAUAGACUUCGGCUCCGAACUUUGGCUUGCCUCCAGAAAAAAUUUUGUGUCCCCGAACAGCCGAAAAACCCUCAGCGAAGUCCAAAACGAACAAAAACGUUGAAUGUUUCUGUAUUUUGAAUUGUUUUGUCAUUUAGCAGACGCUCUUAUCCAGAGCGACUUACAGUUAGUGAGUGCAUACAUUUUUCAUACUGGCCCCCCGUGGAAAACGAACCCACAACCCUGGCGUUGCAAGCGCCAUGCUCUACCAACUGAGCUACAGGGGACCCCUGUAUCCAGUACCACCUCUGUCCCUAAGCAAUUUGAAUGUCUAGUCCCAAACGUGGGCCUUGGUAAUAAUGCCCAUUUGACACUAAUGGGAAUUUAUCGCCCUUCCUCAGUCUCCUUAUGUGCUCUUAACAAAUUGUCUGACCUGCUGUCUAACUAUGCUAAAUCCAACUUUAAACACCCCGAAAAAUUAUUCAAACAAAUACCCCUCAUAAGUUUACAGUCAAUGGGAUAUUUUCCAAUGAGUUCAGUGACCAUUCUCCGGUUGCCUGCAUAUGAGAUGUUAAGAUACCUAAAUCUCGCUCAUGCAUUAUUAUAAAGAUACAUCUUUUAAUGAGCUAAAUGUUUUGUCUGAGCUGAGGUUGAGUGACUGGUGGGUUGUGUCAACUAUCACUGACUCGGAUCAGGCCCUAUUGUUUUAUAUCCCUGUUUAACUCUGUUGCAGAUAAACAUGCGCUGCACAAAAUGCUAAGGGUGAAGACAGAUCUAAUCCUUGGUUCACGCAUGAGUUGUCUGUGAAAUUACAGGGAAAAAAUGUAGCUUGGGCUAAUGCAAGACUGACUGAGUAAAUUUACAUGCACACUAAUAAUUUGAUAUUAUCCUGAUUAUGGCAGAAGGCCGAAUAUGGCAUUAGUCAUGUAAACACCUUACUCUGUUUAUCUUAAUCGGCGUCAGGUCAUAAUUGAAGUAAGCAUACGCUGAUUUAAACAGUUUGUUUUCUGAGCAUUCUUUCACAUCAUUAGGACAUGUAAACAGCUUAAUCAGCGUUCCAGCGGUAUAUUUGAUCUGCACAUGUGCCAGCACCAGGUAGCGCAAGCUUCCCUCUUAUGCGUGAGUGAAGUGAGUUCAGAAAAACUGAAAGAACGCAUCUCAAAUAGUCUUCGCAAAAAGAACAUAGUCACUGUGGUAGAAUGUUUGUUUUGAUUGGUGAUUUACAUUGAUAAAAAGUCCCAUCAGUAGCCAGAUUUCAGAUGUUUCCAUGUAAACAGGAUUAUUAGGGAAAUCGUUCUUCUUGCAAAGCAUGUAAACGUUUUAAACAAACUAUUAAAUUAAUCUGACUAUCCACAAUAAUCGCAUUAUUGUGUGCAUCUAACCGUGCUCACUGAUUCUACGUCUUAUUGGUCCUUCAGACACUUGUGAAAUAGAUGUCUAUCUCUUGUUAGAAAAGCAAAAUCAACAUAUUUCUUGAAUUGUGUAUCAGAGAGUGGUGGUAAUCCAUCUUAUUUCUGGAAAGUGGUCAAAUCUUUUAAACAAAACUCCACCCCCUCUUUGCCCCAGCAGGUUUUGACAGCCUCUAGUCCCAUACUAGACAAAAUGGACACUUGUGGUGCUUUUAAUGACCAUUUUUCUUCAGCUGGUGACCUGUUUGUAAGGAUAGUCUAAUUAAUCUCAAUUAGGGUGUUAGGGUGUUAACCUAGUAGCUGAGGACUGUAACUGUUUUUCAUAAAUGUUGUGUUUUAUAUUGAUUUCUGUUUUAUUUUACAUUGUAUUGGUUGUUGUGAUCAGAGCACCAUUGGGAAUGAGAGCAUUGUCUCAAUGGGUUUUCCCUGAAUAAAUAAACUACAUAAAAAAGCUCCGAAAGGGUUCGUUGUGGGCAUCAGGGAAGAACCCUUUUUGAUUUAAGUGGCAUCUUUUUUCAAAGAGUGUAAUGGAGGAGGAUAAGGGUCUGCUAAUAGGUGACAGUGAUAUACAAUGUAAAGUGCUGUUUGUAAAUCCAAUCUGUUAUUAUUAAUACAUUUUCUUCUUAAAAUCAGGGAAAAAAUUGUGGUCUUCUGUAGCUCAAUUGGUAGAGCAUGGCGCUUGUAACGCCAGGGUAGUGGGUUCGAUCCCCGGGACCACCCAUACGUAAAAAUGUUUGCACACAUGACUGUAAGUCGCUUUGGAUAAAAGCGUCUGCUAAAUUGCAUAUUAUUAUUAUUAUUAAAUAUGUUCUGUAAAUACUGCCAUUUCAGAGGACUGUAUUUUGACUGUUUUGGGUGAGGACAAUUAACACUGCUUAGUUAGAACCUUAAUUUGGGGGAAAUCUGCCCUUUCCAACCCCUCUGUCCUCCAAGUUAACUGUACAAUGGGGACAUAAUAUGAUGCUGGAUGGCAGUGCAGUUGAAGGUCUCUAGUACUGUAAAUACUGCCAGUUCCAAUGAGCCUGUUGUGAUUUGUGUAAUUAGAUCAUGUUCGUCUUAAGAAACAUGGUAUUAGACCAACUCUGACCCCUGCCCCCCUUCCCACAAGUUGUUUCCCAAGAUGCUCUCGCUUUCUUUCUCUCUCUGUCUCUCUCUCUCACGCACACACAUGCGUGUGCUGCACACACACACACACACAAACACACUUACACACAUACACGCGCGCGCACACACACGCACAUACACACACACACACAGAGAGAGAGAGAGAACCCAAACUGACUGUGUUGUGUGUGCCUUAUUGCUGUAUUUAACAGAGAAGUCCCACACCAUGAUGGGUAGUGAUAGCAGUAGCCAGAGUCUAGGGGUCAUCCCCUGUGCCAUCUCCUGGUUCUACAGUCACAUGGAGAGGAGGAGGGAGAGGACUGGGGCCAGCCUGGCUGUGUCUGUCUCUGCUAUGGAGGUCUGUGGGGAGGACGAGGUCAUCAGGGACUUACUGUCAGGCAACCUCCAGGACAGCCCACCAGCAGACCUAUAUUUCUAUGGGGACCCCAUCUAUGGAAUGCAGGUAAAUUAUGAUCGAUGGUAUUAUUGUUGUGGACUGUUCAGGUCAGAUAGAAAUUUGAAACGCUUAUAGAACAGACUUGAGUCUUUGUUAUGCUGAACAUGGAAUCGUCAGUUCUGCAUUUAACUUUUCUAUGUGCAGCAUUAGUGUGAAAUCUGUGCAUAAGUACAUUUUCGUAAUGAAGCCCCAGGUCUUAAGAACAUUGAAAAACAUGUGCUGCUGUAGUUACACUGUUAUCACUACAUACAGUAUGCCACUAAGGUGUCAUGUCACACUAAGGGUAUCUUGUAUAAUGACUGUGUUUUGUUUGUUAAUGCCCCAGUCAUGAACUAAAUAAACUAGUUCAUCCCUUAUUCAGAUGUAUUGUCAAAAAAGCCAGGUAGUGGGAGUUAACGUAUUUACGCUACAUAGUCCCAGUUACAUAAUGACAUUGGCAUUGUCACAUUGAACAACAUUUAAUAUUACAAUUCAUGCUGUGCAGGGCCGGAUUCUGUGCUAGAGUUCCUCUAUCCCCCUCUCUCCCUCUCUACAUACAGUGCCUUCAGAAAAUAUUCAUACCCCUUGACUUAUUCCACAUUUUGUUGUGUUACAGCCAGAAUUCAAAAUGGAUUAAAUAUAUUUUUUUCUCACCCAUCUACACACAAUACCCCAUAAUCACAAAGUGAAAACAUGUUUAAGAAAUCUUUGCAAAUUUACUGAAAAGGAAAUGCAGAAAUAUCUCAUUUAGAUAAGUAUUCACACCACUGAGUCAAUACAUGUUAGAAUCACCUUCGUCAGCGAUUACAGCUGUGAGUCUUUCUGGGUAAGUCUCUAAGAGCUUUGCACAUCUGGAUUGUAAGUAUUUGCAAAAAAAUCAUUGCUAGACUGCCAUUUUCAAGUCUUGCCAUAGAAUUUCAAGCAGAUUAAAGUCAAAACUGUAACUAGGCACUCAGGAACAUUUAAUGUCGUCUUGGAAAGCAUCUCCAGUGUGUAUUUGGCCUUGUGUUUUAGGUUGUCCUGCUGAAAGGUACAUUUGUCUACCAGUGUCUGUUGGAAAGCAGACUGAGCCAGGUUUCCUCUAGGACUUUGCCUGUGCUUAGGUCUGUUCUCUAGUCCUUGCCAAUGACAAGCAUACCUAUAACAUGAUGCAGCCACCACCAUGCUUGAAAAUAUGAAGAGUGGUACUCAGGGAUGUGUUGUGUUGGAUUUGCCCCAAACAUAACGCUUUGUAUUCAGGACAUAAAGUUAAUUUCUUUGCCACAUUUUUUGCAGUUUUACUUUAGUGCCUUGUUGCAAACAGGAUGCAUGUUUUGGAAUAUAUUUAUUAUGUACAGGCUUCCUUCUUUUCACCCUGUCAUUUAGGUUACGAUUGUGGAGUAACUACAAUGUUGUUGAUCUAUCCUCCGUUUUCUCUUAUCACACCCAUUAAACUUGGUAACUGUUUUAAAGUCACCAUUGGCCUCAUGGUGAAAUCCCUGAGCGGUUUCCUUCCUCUCUGGCGCCUGAGUUUGGAAGGACGCCUGUAUCUUUGUAGUGACUGGGUGUAUUGCUACACCAUCCAAAGUGUAAUUGAUUACUUCAUUAUGCUCAAAGGGAUAUUCAGUGUCUGCUUUUUAAAAUGUUUAACCCAUCAACCAAUAGGUGCCCUUCUUUGCGAGGCAUUGGAAAACCAACCUGGUAUUUGUGGUUGAAUCUGUGUUUGAAAAUCACUGCUCAACUGAGGGACCUUAUAGAAUAUUGUAUGUGUGGGGUAACAGGUAGUCAUUCAAAAAUCAUGUUAAACACAGUUAUUACAAUAAGAGUCCAUACAACUUAUUGUGUGACUUGUUAAGUAAAGUUUUACUCCUGAACUUAUUUAGACUUGCCAUAACAAAUGGGUUGAAUACUUAUUGACUCAAGACAUUUCAGCUUUUCAUUUUUAAUUAAUUUGUAAAAAUGUCUAAAAACAUAAUUCCACUUUGACAUUUUGGGGUAUUAUUUGUAGGCCAUUGACACAAAAUCUAAAUGUAAUAAAUGUUAAAUUCAGGCUGUAACACAACAACAUGUUGAAAAGAUCAAGGGGUGAGAAUACAUUCUGAAGGCACAUCCUUUUUGUUCUGUCAUAAUAUAUACAGUACCAGUCAUAAGUUUGGACACACCUACUCAGUCAAGGGUUUUUCUUUAUUUUUACUAUUUUCUAUAUUGUAGAAUAAUAGUGAAGACAUCUAAACUAUGAAAUAACACAUAUGGAAUCAUGAAGUAACCAAAAAAGUGUUAAACAAAUGAUAAUAUAUUUUAUACUUUAUAUUUUAGAUUCUUCAAAGUAGCCACCCUUUGCCUUGAUGACAGCUUUGCACACUCUUGGCAUUCUCUCAACCAGCUUCACCUGGAAUGCUUUUCCAACAGUCUUCAUGAUAGGUCCCAUGUAGCUCAGUUGGUAGAGCAUGGCACUUGCAACACCAGGGUUGUGGGUUCGAUUCCCAUCGGGGGCCAGUAUGAAAAAAAUAUGUAUGCACUCACUAACUGUAAGUCGCUCUGGAUAAGAGCAUCUGCUAAAUGACUAAAAUGUAAAUGUCUUGAAGGAGUUCCCACAUAUGCUGAGCACUUGUUGGCUGCUUUUCCUUCACUCUGCAGUCCAACUCAUCCCAAACCAUCUCAAUUGGGUUGAGGUCGGGUGAUUGUGGAGGCCAAGUCAUAUGAUGCAGCACUCCAUCACUCUCCUUCUUGGUCAAAUAGCCCUUACACAGCCUGGAGGUGUGUUGGGUCAUUGUCCUGUUGAAAAACAAAUGAUAGUCCCACUAAGCGCAAACCAGAUGGGAUGGUGUAUCGCUGCAGAAUGCUGUGGUAGCCAUGCUGGUUAAGUGUGCCUUGAAUUCUAAAUAAAUCACAGACAGUGUCACCAGCAAAGCACCCCCACACCAUCACACCUCCUCCUCCAUACUUCACACAUGCGGGGAUCAUCCGUUCACCUACUCUGCGUCUCACAAAGACACGGCGGUUUGAACCAAAAAUCUCCAAUUUGGACUCAUCAGACCAAAGGACAGAUUUGCACCCGUCUAAUGUCCAUUGCUCAUGUUUCUUGGCCCAAGCAAGUCUCUUCUUCUUAUUGGUGUCCUUUAGUAGUGGUUUAUUUGCAGCAAUUCAACCAUGAAGGUCUGAUUUAUGCAGUCUCCUCUGAACAGUUGAUGUUGAGAUGUGUCUGUUACUUGAACUCUGUAAAGCAUUUAUUUGGGCUGCAAUAUGAGGUGCAAUUAACUCUAAUUAACUUAUCCUCUGCAGCAGAGGUAACUCUGGGUCUUCCUUUCCUGUGGCGGUCCUCAUGAGAGCCAGUUUCGUCAUAGCGCUUGAUGGUUUUUGCGACUGCGCUUGAAGAAACUUCUUGACAUUUUCCAGAUUUACCUUCAUGUCUUAAAGUAAUGAUGGACUGUUGUUUCUCUUUUCUUAUUUGAGCUGUUCUUGCCAUAGUAUGGACUUGGUCUUUUACCAAAUAGGGCUAUCUUCUGUAUACCACCCCUACCUUGUCACAACACAACUGAUUGGCUCAAACGCAUUAAGAAGGAAAGAAAUUCCACAAAUUAACUUUUAACAAGGCACACCUGUUAAUUGAAAUGCAUUCCAGGUGACUACCUCAUGAAGCUGUUUGAGAGGAUGCCAAGAGUGUGCAAAGCUGUCAUCAAGGCAAAGGGUGGCUAUUUGAAGAAUCUAAAAUCUAAAAUAUAUUUUGAUUUGUUUAACACUUUUUUGGUUACUACAUGAUUCCAUAUGUCUUAUUUCAUAGAUUUUAUCUCUUCACUAUUAUUAGUCCCCUGUAGAUCAGUUGGUAGAGCAUGGCGUUUGCAACGCCAGGGUUGUGGGUUCGUUUCCCACGGGGGGCCAGUAUGAAAAUGUGUGCACUCACUAACUGUAAGUCGCUCUUGAUAAUAAAUGUAAAUGUAUUCUACAAUGUAGAAAAUAGUAAAAAUAAAGAAAAACCCUUGAAUGAGUAGGUGUGUCCAAACUUUUGACUGGUACUGUAUAUAUAUAUAUUUUUAAAUCUAAAUAAUAAAAUAAAAUAAAACAUGCCAUGUUGUCUUCCUUCCCUGCAGCUUCAGCACACCAAUGUGGUUUCUGCCCCCAACGCAGAGAAAGCUGCUUUCCUCCUGGAUGUAGCCAUCGCAUCACGUCACCGUGCCAACGGCCCGAACAGCGGAACUCGCAGUGACAUCAGCACACCAUUGUCCUCCUGCAGCGGCUCCCAUAUGUUCUUUACUCUGCACGUCCAACAGCAGCUCGCAGAGGGCGGCGCCAAAGGUUUUUAUUUCUCUACAUUGUAGAAAAGAGAACUCCUGCACAAACUAUGGUUACACCCUAUUCCCUAUAUAGUGCACUGCUUUUGACCAGAGGCCAUAGGGCUCUGAUUGAAACUAGUGCACUACAUAGUGAAUAGGGUUCCAUUUAGGAUGCACACAUUAUUAACUUUGCAUGUUGCUUCAUUUAAAGGGUAGGAGUUUUUACUCACCAAUGUAACAACACAGUGUGGUCAAAGAUUUAGUAACUUAGUUGCAGUCACGAUCUGGUUACCUAUAAGUACAAACAUAGUUAUGUUUUUGGGUUAUUACAUAUUUAAUAACUUAUUUAUGGAUAUUUUCUAAACUACCCACAAUGCACUAUUUCUCAAUGCCAUAUGGAGGAUCUACGCUGUGCUACCAAAUUCGUAUGCUAGCUCGGUAGCUAGCUCAAGCUGGCUAACGUUAGCCACUAGCCAUGCUAGCAUGUAAUUACAUUCCAGACCAAGUGCUGGAUUUCCCUGAUUCCCGGUGAAGCGCCCGCCUUCACUUCCCCCUCGCUUUGGUAGCUAACUCAGCUGGAUGGGCCCUAGCUGUCAAUCUGUAAAUCUCUCCUCUCUCUUUGCUUUUAAUCUGCGGUUAUGUUUUAGUUGUGUUGUGUUAGUUGUGUUCUAGCUGGUAACAUAACUGUGGUGAUUGGCUAGGCUGGCUAGGCUAAUAGCUAGUUCAUACCUGCCAACUUUUCAAAAAACCUUGGAGUGAGAUUUUGUCCUGGGUCCGCCUGGGUCCUGCAGUCGGUGAAAAGCAAUUGCACUGCCUGCGUCUCAGAACUGCGGCCGCCUUGAUCUCUUGAGGUUAUCGUUGCCCACGUGUGCAUGACGUCCGAGAAAGUCGGGAUCAAGUUGGACACAAACCUAACCAGCAUGCAUUGGGCGGUGAUCGCCGGUGAUCGAUUCUGCGCAGACCUGGCUCAUCUCAAAUGAGCCUCUUGUCUAUGAUCUGUCAGCAUGGUUAUACUGGCCUGUGGCCUUCUUGGAGGCCUUGAUGAUAUCGGAGGGGGUCUCCCAUUUGAAGCAGGGCUCCAGAUUGGCCAUCUUUAUGGUCAUUAUUGAGGACAGGGUGCCAUCCAAUGCUAGGCUGUUUCUUCUCCUGGUUUUGUUCAGUCCCACAACUGAAAACACCCUCUCAGCAUCUGCAUUUGCAUGGGGCAACACCAGGACAAGCUUGGCGACGGCAGCAAGCCUCUCGAAUUCUUUGGCUCCUGUCACCUAUGGAAAAUGCACCAAAACACAAUGGAAAAACAUACCUUGAUUUUUGAUUGAUUAAUACUGUAAGUAUACUGUAGGUUGAUCCAUUAACAAAGUUCAGAUAAAAACAUGCAUCAUUUGCAACAUGCAUGACACAUAUACGCAUGCAACAAUUUUAAGCAACAGAUGUAGCCAAGCCACACCUGCCAAAAGGAAAGACAAAAAAUGAAAAAAUGUUUACCUUAUGCUUCCGGGUUGCCAUUUCAGCCCAGAAGCUUUCCAUUUCAGUUUAGUCCUGCAGGGAUAUCAUUGGCAUGGUCUGAUAAUUUAGAAACUCCUCACCCAGAAGGUCAUGCUCCUCUGGCCCAUGGUAUGGGAGGAGAUGGGAAAACCUAUUUAUGAAAGUAGAGUUACAAGUUGUUACGUUUUAGGUAUAUGGUCAUCAACCAGCAGCAGUUCAUACACAUCUUUGAGGAGAAGCCACAUAAGAAUAUCUAAUGUGCAGUUUAGGAGUGAACACACCUCAUCAUAAAACACAGGGUAUUUUAGCUAAGAUGAUAGACAAUAAUUAGAGAAAAAAAACUAACCUUUCAACAAAGUACAGGACAUCUUCGAUGUCACUUUCAGCCCUCUGCCGUACAUCUACAAAUUGUGCGUGCUUGAUCAGUGGCUCUUCCAGUGGCAGCUUCUAAAGUGCAUAGUCCACAGCACUUGUCAGGAAACACAACACAGCUUCAUGGAAUGAAUCCACCUGCUGUGGUGUGAUGUCACCCUCGUCGAGUAAUCUGUUAAGUUUAGCCCUGGUUGUGAACCCAAUGUUCAACUUUCUUCCUGUCACAGAUACAGCAUAUCGGUAUAAGGUACAAGGCUAAAUAUCACAUAUCACAGUGUUUGAUCAUAAUAAUAGUCCCAAUAUGCAAUGGCCGUUCCAUCUGUUGCUAAAUGACUUAAAUGUAAAUGUAAAUGUAAAUACUAACCUGGUAAAUGGUUUGCCUUUUCUUUAAAGGCAAUUUCACAAGGCUCCUCAUGGCACUGCAGAGCUUCUGGAACCAUAAACUUGGAACAUAGCUUGCGUACGAAUUUCACCAUCUAUAACAGACAUUUACAAAAAUAGUAGGUGAAACCUGUUUUAGAGGAUCCCUGCAGAUAUCAGCAAGAAACACAGAAUGGAAAAAACUGCAAAAUCCAAUCCCACCUCAUCAUGUAACAAAAAUAUUGAUGACUGCUCUCUCUGAAGCAGCAAGUUGAAAGAAGUGAAAGUUGGUACGGUGGCUUGGAAGAACAGCAGGUACACUUCUGUCAUGGGGUCAGUGAAUGUCUGCACAAGUCUCUUGAACCUGGCCUGAUUUUCAUCUUGAAUCAAUCAAUAAAUAACACAAAACAAGAGGUUGUCAUUAAUACAAGUAUGUGACUAACAAUCCAUGUAGUUGCUGCAUAAUGAAAUUGAAAAUUGAUGACCAUACUAGCAGAUUUGUAGUAGCUGGCCAGAGGUUCAUACAGCCUCAGGAUCCUGGUCACACAACGUUCAAGGCUUAGCCAACGGACCGAGAUAUGCAGGAGGACCUCCAUGUACUCCGGACAGUAAGCGGGUUCAUCUUUUCCACUACUAAAAUGACAAGUUAGAAUCAUACAGAUGUUCAUGUUAUUAGAUGUUUAAAAAUACACAAAGCACAUGUUUUGCAGAGGAGAAAAAUCUCAAAUAGUUUGUGAAAUACCAGUGUCAUUCGACCCAUCCGUAACAAGGGUAUACGGGGCUUUUUUCAUCUCCUUCACAAGCUCCUGUGUGAAAUAUGGUGUGAGUGCUUCAUUGGUAAUGCAGGAUGACUUAGUCCUGGCACACCUGGACUCCUGCGCUGUCUUCGAAUCUCCGAAACAUUCUUUUAGGAGAGGCCCCAGGUGGUCCGCAAAGGCUAGGGGGACGUUGUGAACUACCAACCCAGCUGUCAUUUUGACCUCAGCCCUUCUUGUCUGUAAGAAAUUAAAAAUUAUUAAUCCUCCCAAAAAGACCAUAGUUUAUUUAAAAUAGAUGCCUGCGAUAAUAAGGCACAGGUAAAAAACACAUUCAACUAAGAUCUCAAAUUAAGAAAACUGGACUGUACUACACUGAAAUACAAACCACAAAUUAGUCAAAACUAUCAACCAUGACUUUACCGUGAUCAACUAGAACACAAAACUCUUGACUGAACCUUGACAGAAUCAUUACACAUAUCAUACCUUAACCUCUUGUGCAGACAUACCCCCAACAGAUGGAACGGCCAUUGCAUAUUGGGAUAUUGUGGCUGUGGACAGGAGAGCUCGUUGCUUAUCUUGGUGGCCUUUGCUUUUUAUAUGGCGCACUACAUCUGUCACACCCUGGUGGCAACAUGAGUUUUCAAUACGGCAGACUGCACACCAGUAGUGCGUGUUGAGGCUCCCUCUGGUAAUAAAUGGCCAUGAAGAGGUCCACUCAUUUUUGAAAAUGGAUCUAUAUGUUGCUGCUCCAGCCAGAGCACGACUCUUCUGGCCCUGCUGUUGGAUUGGGGAGGUCUCUUCUGUCUGUCCCUCUGUGUCUUCAUCCAUCUGCCCUGUUGGUUGUUCUAUUUGUCCUGUCUGUUGCUCCUCUGCUUGUUUGUCAGUCUGUCCUGUCUCCUGCUCUCUCUGUCCUUUGUGUUGCUCCUCUGUCUGUUGUCCUGUUGUUUCUAUCAAUCGUUCUGGCUGUUCUGUCAGUGUGUUUGUCUGUCUUUUCUCACUUGGCUGGUUCUUUAAAUAAAAUAAAAGGUUUCACUUUUGUCCUGGCAAAGGUCUCUUACGGGACAUCUUUGAAACCUUAAACAAUUCAAAUGGUCAUGUUGGUUUAAUAACUCUACACUCAGUUACAAAAACAUACCUACUUCUAUUGCACACAUUUCCUGUAUUUAUGUUAAAUUCUUUGGAAUACAUCUUACCUGUUCGAAAUCAGCUGAGUUUACAUUCACCACACUAAAUCAUGUUCACACGCACAAACAAAUAAUUUCUUUCAAGAUUUAAAGUUUAAGAGAGUGAGUACUCAAUUGGACGACAUUUCAUUGUUACAUACCUAGUCUCAGCUCAGCUUCUUAUCAGACUUCUUGAGGUAGUGACCGUUUCUUUUCCUGUUGACUUUCGCGGCAAUGGUAUCUCUUCUUCUGUCGCUAACUUCGGGGUGCAGUGCAUAUGGUUCAGUGGCGCUCAUCAGCGCCAUCUACCGUCGAGGAGUUUGAAAAAAGGAACAAACGAGUCUCAGCCGAUUUUCUUUGCGUGAGAAAUUGGAUGUGUGGCAUGAGUGCGUGUGAAAACAGGCAAAAACGUGUGUCACACGGCGAAAGCGUGAGAGUUGGCAGCUCUGCUAGUUGGCUAAAUAGCUAACUUUAGCUGGCUGGCUAGCUUGCUGGCUAAGAUAACUCUAUAUAGCUAACAUUCUUUGAUAACUCGUUAGAUGGUGUUAUGUAUUUCCAAAACGUUGGUUUACUUUAAUGUAGCUGUAAGCUAGGUGUUGAUAGCAACUGUCUGACUCAUGCACUGCUAACGUAACAUUAGCAGGCUGGUAGGGAUAACGUUAGCAGGCUAGUAGGGCUAACAUUAGCAGGCUAGUUGGCUAUGUUGGCUAACUCAGAGUUGAUUUGUAACAAUACAUUCAUAAAGUAUUUGCUUGUAAGUUGGCUGAAACUUACAUUGAAACCAAUAUGGUUUAAUUUGAAGUUAUAUAUUUGAAGUUAUUUCUGUUGGAGUUUACAUUAUAGGGAAUAGGCUGGCUUGCCGGGUCCUCCAUAUUACAUCAUACCCCGGAAAAACAUUUACCGACAUGACUGAUCGUUUUUAUAUAAUAACUCGAAAAAAUUGAAAGUUAGGUGUAAUUUUGCAUUGAACUUUUGAUGCGCAUACUAAUGCAAAUCCAUAUGUUACAUGUGGCUACGUUUAUGCUACCUCCCUUUAAUGUGUAAACAUUUCGUUCAGAGACCUUUUUCAAGACAGUAACACAUUCUUAGUUAUUUAUUUAUUUGCUUAUUGGUCAGUGACCUGUGCGUAACUUGAACUGUAUGUGUCCCCCUACGGACUUGUGAGUAAACUAUCCAACUAAUACGCAUCUGGAGAUUUAAUUUGCAUACGGCUGACUGAAUAAACUGUACCUAAUUUGUUUUCCAAGAAUACUUGGAAUAGCUUGGAUUUAUUUUUAUUAUUUUCUUUGUUCAAUUCUCAACUAUUCUCUCUGACGAUCUCAGUCUUUUCCCCCGUUGUUUCCUGUAUUUCAUUUUCUCUCCUCUCCUCUCUCAGUACCAGGGGGUCAUAGCAGGUUGAUUAUGAUAGACCUGGCUGACAGUAUAAACGGGUCCAGUAGAACCAGUGACAGCAGAAUUGGAUGUCCUGAGUCAGAGCUGGGCAGUGUUAUCCUGGCCCUACUCAACAAUGGAAACAAAAACAUCCCCAACAGGUUAGAUACUGGAGACUAUAACAUUGAUUGUAUUACAUUGCAAUGAAACAGGAAAUGAUUGAUUCAUGCAGUAGAUAAUGAAAUUGUAUGUAUAAUACUGGUAUAUACUAUAAUUGUAUUCUUUAUGUAUAAUGUAUGAUGGUGAUGAGGAUGUUGGUGAUGAUGAUGGUAAUGACGAUGAUGGUUUUAUUUUGUGCUCACCACAGGGACAGUAAAGUGACCAUGCUGCUACAGGAGUCUCUGGGUAAUAUUAACUGUCGUACGACCGUGCUGGCCCAUGUGACUGACUCACCAGAACACUGCUCAGAGACACUGUCCACUGUCCAGAUCGCCUCACUCAUUCGUAGGACACAGAAGAAGGCAAAAGUAUGUAAAUGACUGAAUUAGAGAUUUCUUACCAUGGUGCCAAGAAUGGUGCCAAAAGUAUUAUUCAAUUAACCUUGGGUGGCCUAACUCUUAGUAGACAAUUUAACAGUUUAGCAGAACAUUUUUCUGAGGAGGCAAAAUGUUAUCACUAUGACAGAUUUUCUCUCCCCCACCAAUCAUCUACUGAAUUAUAGAUUUCUUACCAUAAAAUUAUUUGGUGAAAAUGGUGCCCUGAAGUAUUAUUUAAUGAACCUUGGGUGUUCUAAAGCUUAGUAGCAAUUUUGCCCAUUUUAUUUUUGAAUGGGCAAAAAGGAAUCACUAACUUUACUCCCCCCCCUCUCUCUCUCUCUCUCGCUCGCUCUCUCUCUGUCCGUCCCUCUCCCUCUCCCUCUCUCUCUCUCAAUUCAAUUUCAAUUUAAGGGGCUUUAUUGGCAUGGGCAACAUAUGUUUACAUUGCCAAAGCAAGUGAAAUAGAUAAUAAACAAAAGUGAAAUAGAAAAUAAAAAAUUAACACUCUCUCUCUCUCUCUCUCUCUCUCUCUCUCUCUCUCUCUCUCUCUCUCUCUCUCUCUCGCUCUCUCUCUCUCUCUCUCUCUCUCUCUCUCUCUCUCUCUCUCUCUCUCUCUCUCUCUCUCUCUCUCUCUCUCUCUCUCCCCCUCCCCCAGCAUUCAAUGACCUGCUCUCCCAGUGGUAGAAGCCUGAGUAGAGAGAGGAGUGGAGGGAGUCGUCUCUUCUCUCUCAGAGCGUUCCACUCCACCAGUGCUGUAGACUCUGACCUCAGUGACCUGCUAGAUGACCACUCCACCAGUGUUGUAGACUCUGACCUCAGUGACCUGCCCCAGCUCAGGCUCAGUGGUGACCUGCUAGAUGACCAGUCCUGUGACACGGUCAUUCACAUCAACCCCGAUGGCUCUGUCCAGCAGCCUGGUACGGAGCUGUACCAGCAGGGUCAGGGCCAGCCGGAGUUUACCCCCAUCAUCCCCUCUCUACACCAGCAUAAGGCUGAAGAGGAAUCAGAGGCUGAGCUUUCUGCUCUACAGCAAGAGCUACUGCUGCACCUUCUAAACAUCAUGCCCAGACCGGAAGGAGAAAGGAAGGGGAGUGAGAGCAUAAUCCAAGAACAACUUGUGGGCCAGUGUGUGAGGGACUUCAGUGUUAAUUGUGACACAUUCGCCGAGCUGCAGGAGAGACUCGGGUGCAUUGAUGGGAGCAAGACAGUUACUAAAUCAUCCUUAAAAGAACCUUCUGCCACAACUGAGUCCCCUCCAGUCCCCCAAGAUUGCUCAGGCCUACCUCAGACUGGGGAGAAUACCUCUUUCUUUAAACCACUGAAUAUGGAUUUGAAGUGUAGUGAGUUUUCCAUUGUGGCUGAGAAAGAGAGCUUGGUGACAGAUGGCAGUCUUCCGGUCGACAGUUUUCAGAGAGAGGACUCUGGUCUGUAUGACUGUGAGGAGGGCAGUGCAGCCAGCUCCAACGAGGACCAACCAUACCCCUGUGGCUCUAUCAGUUUACAUCCAGCCUGCCAGAGCCUGAGCCAGGGCAACCCCCCUGAGUACAGCUAUCUACCACAGCACCAUGAAAUCUACUCUCAGAUCAGCCCUGUGCCAAGCUCACAUCCUCCUCUUCCUCUGUUUCCUCUUCCCCUGUCUCUGGAGCCAGCUGGAUACCCAGGGAGGAAUGACUGGCUGCAACCCAAGACCAGGACCUCUCCAACAGGCAAGAGCUCCCCGAUAUCCCCCUCUCGCGCUCCAUCCCUCUUCUCCCCCUCCUCCUCCACCACCUCCUCCUUGGCUACCAGUGUUCUCCUAGGAGAGAUGAUCCUUCCCCAGCUUCCCCAGCUGUCCACCACAGAGUUAGACCUAAAGGAUAUGACGGCAACCAUCACGGUGACGGUCCAGCAGCCGUUGGGCCAGAUGGGUCAGGAUGAGCUAGUGUUAACCAUGGCAGAGGAGGUGACCAUCAGUGGGGCUCUGGAGAGUAGAGGCCGGGCGAGGAACAUCAUCAAGAUCAGGGAUGCCCACUCCUCCUCUGGCCAAGCUUCUUCAGGGUCUGUACUGGGUUCUCUUCCCAUCAGGAUUAUCUGUAACUUCAGUGAAGAUCCAGCUUCUACUACAGACUCCACUAUCAAGGCCAUGGACCAUGCUAAUACCACUAAGACCAUGGCUGUGGAAGUCAACACCAAACCCAAGGCCAUGUCUUCUCUUUACAGGGUGGAGAACAGAUUCUUGCCCUCCUUUAUAAACCCCUCGCUCGCUGAUGUUAGUAGGGGUAGUGAUGUGGAGGGGUCUCAUCCCAGAGAGGUUUCUAACACUCUCUCCAUGCGAGUGGAUGCUUCAGCUGAACCUGAGAAGAAAGAUAAUCUAAAAGGAAAUGAAAGGAAUCAUGAGAGGAAGACCAACGAGAGCGUGUUGAUGUCUUUCCUGGGUCAAACUAGUGAUACAGCAUCAUGUGACACACAUGCCUGGAAGGAGGCCGGUUGCUAUGAGAUGAUGUCAUCAGAGAAUAGGGCCAGUGGGAGGGGUGGUAACCAAGCAGACAGGAGCUAUCCCAGACGAAGGGACGUUACCACCUGUUCCCUCACCUGUCAUGACAGAGUCCUACCUGUUCCCUCUUCCCUAAUUACUCCAAAGCUGUCUGGGGACUGUAAUGAAAGCAGCAGGAAUACACCAGAGAACUGUAUCCCUGGUUACCCUGCAGUUACCCAACACAGAACAGCCAGUCUACCAAGAGGCUGGUAUAAUAUCAACAAGCAGGAGAGCUACGGUCUGAUGAGAGAGGAGUAUACAUAUAAGGAACCAGACGUUACAUCAUCCACCCCUGGUAGUCCCAGGGUGACCCUGGAGAGGAGGCCGUCCUCAGCCAGGCAGGGGAUCUUCUCCUGGGCCAGGGAGAGCGUCCCUCUCCCCUUCUCACCAGCUCGGAAGUACAGCCUGGCGCAGCAUACUCAGAGACAGAGAACUAGUAACAGUCCUCUCAGCACAGCCAGUAGUUCGCCUUUGGAGCCCAUGCCAUCCACUCUGAGUGUUAGACAUGAUAGCGGGAAGCUGAAAUCCUCCGUAGAGGAAAGCAAUAGGCUGUUCAGUGCUAAACUAGAGCAGUUGGCUAGCAGGACCAACUCUUUAGGUAGAAUACCGCUGGCGCGCCACACUCUGGACCGAGGCAGUAGCCUGUCCUCUGUGAGCUCCAAGGGGUCCAAGAGUUGUGAAUGGGAGUCCAGCCACCCCACCCUACCCUGGGCCAGCAGGAGCCCCAGGAGGGCCCCUAGGUCCAUUCCCUUGACAGAUAACAACACCCCCAACACAGCCCAUUCUCCCAAAACCAGCAGGUCAACCUUUAUAACUGACCCCAACACAGCCCUCCAGUCUCCAAGAUCCAGCCGGUCUAAGCUCUCUGCAGUGGGGAAACUGAUGACGGCCAGCUCUAAGGCCCGCCGGAUAUCCAUCCCCAGUACCAAGAACCUCCGCUUUUCUCUCAAGGAGGUCUGUCAGUCCAUCAACAGGAAUACCAGUCUGUCCCCUGAUGGGAAGAGUCCUGAGCAAAGUCCACCCUGGUCCACUCAGUCUCUAAGCCGUAACCAGACCCCCUCGCCUCAGACCCCACCACCGCGCCUCGCACCAAAGUCCCCCAUCCGGGUCAUCAAUGGGCGCAUCUUAGAGCUGCUCCAGAUCGGCAGAGAGCCCUCCGCCUCUGGCGGGGCCUCCGGAGGACUAGAUCUAGACAAGAUGGCGGCAGCGGCUGGAGUUACCUGUAGAUCCAUGGGAGAGGCUCACCCUGUUCACCCUGUACCCUCGCCCUAUGCCAGGAUGACCGCCCCUCGCAGGCCCAACCACCUCAGCGGGCACGCCAGUGAUGUCACUAGCGUGUUGAGCGGGGAGCUGCCCCCAGCCAUGGGGAAGACUGCGUUAUUGAACAAUAGGAACAGCGUGGUGAGCAGUGGCUAUGAGAGCAUGGUAAGGGACAGCGAGGCCACAGGUAGCAGCACAUCCAACAGAGACUGUUCUAUUAUCAGUGUGGCCCAUAGUGGGAGGAACCCCAAGAGGAGGAGUAGCAACGGUAAGAUCUGA